AGUUGUUCGGAACUUCGGUACCGUAAGAAGGUACUCAUCACUCCUAAUGGGCUCAUGGUCGGUGCGUUGCGGAAGGAAUGUUUUUACUAAAACCUUUAGCACGCCUAGAGAAAACUAUAUAAAAGCUGAUGGGUCGUAUCUCGAGCCAUAGCCAUCGUCCGACUCUCACUUUUCUUCUCUAUCUGCUUGCUCAUGACGACCCACAACGAGCUAUGGUUGACUUAUCACCAAGCGUCACGCUGCAACAAGCCAGCGACGACUCAGUUGGUGGAACUUGAGUUUCAGAAUGAGAAGUUAACUGACUUGGAGGAUGUGCUCGAGCAUUUGUUCCGCCAGGGAUUCGUUGAGGCCCAGCAUCGGUCGCUGUCAUAUUGGGAGAACCAUAGCGGGCAGCGGCUCAACCCAAGUCAUGCCGUGGAAGAACUUCUGACAGAGGGCGAAGGCAAAUGCCCCCAAUCGGCUCUUAGGCUGAUCAUUGCCGAUUGUCCGCCCCAUUUGUGGUUUAGUUAUGUUUAUACUCACAAAAAUGCGGCGCCCGCCGUGACGCAGCGCGUGAAAUUUAGCCAUGCCCAGGAGGCAAAGCUUGAAAUUAUAGCUCACCUCACCAACCAUAUUUUCCGUAAUGGUUAUCUUCCCGCACGAUAUCGCACGGUGGUGACAUGGCAGGGUACUUGUGGAAGGAAGAUAGAAGAACACGAGAACCUUGGUGUUCUGCUUACCGCAGGAGAGGGUCUCUCGGAAACUUCGCCCUUGCGUCUCAUUAUAGAUGCCGCCUGCGCACAUACCAAAACAUGUCAUGCAGCUUGUCACUAGGAACGAGAGUUGGUGACCAUCUUAUGGGGGGAGUCGGGCUGGUACAUAUUUCUCCUUAUCGUGCUCUGGCAAGCACUGUGACUUUGAGCUGUGGUUGGUUGGUAGUUGCAGGUGUUUAACGUUCAAUGCCAGAUAGUGAGCGAUCCGUCUGAGUUGGACGAAGAAGGACUGUAUGAUCAUGAGCAAAUUGACAGUCUUACACAGGCUUAAGUUACGGCUAGAGCGAGGUGUUGUAACGUACAGUUCUUAGUCAUCCAGUUUGGAACGGGUUAGGGCCGGCCUGUUCGUACUUCUUGCCGUAAGCACUC